AUGCUUGCUGCGGGGCUACCAGUGCUGGCGCUCGUGGCCGCGGCUCACGGCCUCGACAUUGGCGACAACACGCAGCCGACCAAGUCGGGCGUUCCGACGUGGGUCGACGUCGACACCCCCAAGAACGUCUACUCCAAGGUGAGCUCGCGCGGCGGAACGUGGGACCUCGUCAUGAGCGACGAGUUCAACGCGGCGACGCGCAACUUCACGGCGGGCGAAGACCAUCUCUGGACCGCGCUCGACAUUCCCGAUGGCGUCAACCGCGCGAUCGGGAUCUACAAGCCGUCGCACGCGUACACGGAGGACGGUAACUUUGUCAUUCGCAUCGACUCGGGCGACGUCGACAUUUCGUUCUACAACGUGUGGGCCAACGUUCCGGCAUGGACCAAAAAGAAGAUGUACUAUACAGCCGCGAUGGUGCAGACCUGGAACAAGUUUUGCAUCCAGGGCGGCUUUGUCGAAAUCUCCAUGAAGCUUCCGGGCGCAACCAACAAGGGCUCAAUGAACCCGCAUGUGACGGGUCAGCAAUGGACGCCUCAGGGCAUGAAGCCCAUCAAGCCACUUGAUAAGAUCCCUGAUAUCCGCUUCUACCCGACGUGGCCAGGCAUGUGGAUGAUGGGCAACCUCGGCCGCGCGCUCUUUGCAGCCUCGACCAACAAGAUGUGGCCCUGGACGUACAACGAGUGCACCGAGCUCGCGCGCAAGAACCAGCGCAUCUCGGCGUGCAACCCCAACCCUGGCUACGGCCUGAACCCGUACCAAGGUCGCGGGUCCCCCGAGAUUGACAUUCUCGAAGGCGGUGGCACGGCGAUCUCGUCGUCGCUGCAGAUUGCGCCAGCCUUUCCCGAUGAUUAUCGCUUGACCAAGGCCCUCCUCAAGUUUGAAAAUUCGUCCAACGUCGACGAAAAAGGUCGUCACGGUCCUGGUCACGUCUUUUGCUUUUACGACAAGACGUGCUUGACGCCGGGUGCCAACCUGGCGGAUGUCCCGACGGCGGCGUUUGCGUCCCGGGGCCACAAGUCGUGGUACCAAGGCCUCCGAUACGCUGCCAACGAUCGGUGUUCGCCCGACCCGAAGCUCGUGCAGCAGUACGAGUCGGUCGCCAAGGCACAGAACGGCCCAAUCACAGACAAUCAGUGGGACAUCAAGACGAUCAGCUCGGGCAAGGACCUCCACGCCGACUUGAGCUUGAUUGAUGGCAAGGGCCCGCUGCAUUGGGGUAUCAACUACAAGGGCACGUGCUUCCCGAUCGCGAACGGGUACAAGGGUGGCUUCCUUUGCGACCGCGACAGCCAAAACCCGAAAUGUGACGAGCCACGUCAAGAUUGGCAGGCGCCGACCGCCAUGAUGGAGCCGUUCGAGUAUCAAAUGGACGCGAUCUCGGCCAACUGGGACGUGAGUUACGAAGCGUACACGUCGUUCUACAAGUACCAGCUCGAGUGGGUUACGGGCAACGAUGGCUACGUGCGCUGGACGCUUGACGGCGCACCGAUCUUCGAGAUCCCAGCGUCGACAAUGACCGACCCGCCGCAGGGUACGGGCAGUGGGUCGUCGUACAACCCCAAGAAGAUCAUGAUCGAAGAGCCGAGCUACUUUAUCUUCAACGUGGCCAUGUCGUCGGCCUGGGGGGCGACUCCGCCCAACUACGCGGUGGGUCCUUGCCGAGGCAAUGCGACGAUGCCGGCACCGGGCUCGGACGACGCAAAAAUCUCCAACAAUAUUUGCGACUCGUUCCCGAUGUACAUGUAUAUCGACUACAUCCGCGUCUGGCAAGACACGUCCACCGGCUCCAACAUGAGCUACGGCUGCGAUCCCCCGACGCACCCGACCAAGGAGUUUAUCAAGGCGCACAUCACCAACUACACGGACCCGCAAAACCCCGAUAUUGUAGUUGCGGGCCGCGCCAUGUGCAACAGUGACGACGACUGCACCGUCGCAAGUAGCUUCACCGGUGCCUGUGUCGAUCGGCGCUGCAAGUGCGUCACGCCGUGGACCGGACCCCGGUGCACCAAGUACGACCUGGACGGCAUGUCGUUUGGGCCGACACCGACGCUCGCGAUCGCUCUUGUGUGCAUCGCGCUCAUCAGUACAUUUGUCGCGCUGCUUGUGCGGCUCCGGCGACGCGCGCGCGCCGACCUCAUGAUGGAGAAGGACCUCAAGCGCAAGCCGCACGACGAGGUCGACGUCGAAUAGCAUACCGAUCAAUUUAUUCCCUCGGCCAA